AUGAAGUGGACUGUGCUUGCAGCAGCUUCGCUGUUCGCCCGCGGUGCACUUUCCAGCGUGCCCAACGUUGUGAUCAAGGUCGGUUUUGUCAUGAAGAGGGGUGGAUUUACAUUCGCGGCGUGGCUUACCAAGGUAACAAUCAUCGGAGUGGACUCGCAAGACCUUCUGAUUCGGAAGGUCUUUCAGAUCAAGGAUCAACGGCUAAUGGAAUCCGAGCGUCUAGAGAAUUAUUCCGGUGGAGGCUCCAACGGCACGGGCGUCUCCAGUAACACGGGCUAUACUGACCCUCUCGCGGAUGCCAGCGCCUGCUCGCGUGAUAUCCCUUACCUUGUCCAGCUGCGAACGAACGUCAUUCGCACUUAUACGGUUGACCCGACUAAGAACCACGAUGAGUGCAUGCAGCAGUUGGCGGAUGCUGGCAUUUAUGUGAUUACCGAUUUGGCUUCGCCAGACAUCUCGAUCGAGUCCGACUCUCCCGCCUGGACGGUCGAUCAGUAUGAUCGGUACACUGCCGUAAUUGACGCUUUCCACAAGUACGACAAUGUGAUUGGUUUCUUUGCGGGUAACGAGGUGGUCAACCAACCCAACCAGACCACUGCCGCAGCUUUUGUCAAGGCUGCAACCAGAGAUAUGAAGGUGUAUAUCAGGAACAAGGGCUACCGGGAGAGCCUCUCUGUGGGAUACGCCACCACGGAUCAGAGCAACAUUCGCACCUUGCUCUCCGACUACCUUAACUGCGGAGAUCAGUCUUCUGCAAUUGACUUCUUCGGGUACAAUAUCUACGAGUGGUGUGGUGACCAGACCUUCCAGACCUCGGGAUACGAAGCUCGCACCCAAGAGUACAGCAACUACUCCAUCCCGGUAUUCUUCUCCGAGUACGGGUGCAACACGGUCCAACCUCGCAAGUUCACCGACGUGCCUGUGCUUUUCGGCCCUCAGAUGAACGAUGUCUGGAGUGGUGGUAUUGUCUACAUGUACUUCCAGACGGACAAUGACUAUGGCCUUGUUUCCGUGGACGGGAGCUCUGUGUCAAAGAUGCCCGACUUCUCCUACUAUUCCAGCGAGAUCCAAAAGGCCACCGCCACCGGUGUCAAUAGCGCUACCUAUUCACCCGCCAACCCGAAUCGCUCGUGUCCCACCGUUGACAGCCAAAGCUUUUUGGCGAAAUCCAGCCCGCUCCCUCCCACCCCCGACAGGUCCCUGUGCGACUGCGUGGAGAAGACUCUGGGCUGCGUCGUCAGUGACUCGGUCGACUCGAAGAAGUACGGCAAGCUGUUUGGUCAAGUGUGUGGUUACGGCAGUAGCAUCUGCGACGGCAUCGCACACAAUGCCACCACCGGCAAGUACGGUGCGUACGGCAUGUGCAGCAGCAAGGUCCAGCUGUCGGUCGCCUUCAAUGCCUACUACGAGAGCCAAAAGAAGGAUAAAAGCGCUUGCGACUUUGACGGUGCGGCCAAGGUUCAGUCCGCGCAGUCUGCAUCGGGCAGCUGUAAGGCGGCCGUCAGCCAGGCUGGUGGUGCCGCGGGAACUGGCAUCGCCUCGUCUGGGGGCUCGGGCUCCGCAAGCUCGACCACUUCCUCGGGCGCUGCUUCUCACGUGGCCUCGCCUUCGGCCGUGUUUGUGAAUGGCUGGUUUGCCUUUUCUUCCGUCCUUGUGGCGGCGCUGGUAGGCUCGCUCAUGGUUGCGCUCUGA